AUGAAUUUGCCCAGCUCCCACAUCCCGCCCCGCCGCAGUGCGAGCAUUCACUCACUCACCCCCUCGCGGGACCUCAUCGUCGCCGCCAAGUCCCCGGGAAAAUCCGCCGCAGCCGCGGCUGCAACAGCCACAAAAUCAAAACGAGUGAGAACGGGGUGUCUAACGUGUAGAGAACGACAUUUAAAAUGUGACGAAGGCUUACCAGAUUGUCUAAAUUGUCGAAAAAGCAAUCGAGAAUGCAAACGCGGCGUACGGCUAAAUUUUAUAGACGUGCAAGUCAAGCAGCCGCCGUAUAUGCCUCCUACGGUUGAGUGGUCGGUACAAUUUCAAGAUGAAUCUAGACAGAUCGCAUCAGAGUACGUUGGAGGAUUAGGUCGCUAUGCUCAUCUUGACAAGCAAGCCGUCGCCCGCCCUCGGCACGAGACCAGCCAUCUGGAGCCGACACUCCGGCACCAGGGCCACCUGCUGCCUCAUGCCCGAGCUGCGAGCGGCGCAGACGCCUCCAUCUCACCCCGGACUCACCUCCAGCACCACCCUCCGCCGCCUCCGUCCUACGCCUACCCGCAACACAGCCGGCCUGAACACCGAGGUGUCGAGUACCCUCCACGGCGCGAAAGCGAGACAGCUUACCUCACGCCUCAGAACUCCGCUCACCCUCACCCCUACGGCCUACACGAGCACUUCUCCUUCCGCGAUGGUCCCAACCGCAGCCACGGUCACCGCGACAGCGACGCCUCGAGCGCUGCGUCCAUCGUCCCGCAACCGACGGGCCCUCCUCCCAGUUACCGUGGCAGCACCGCGGCCAACCCCUUGGCACCUGACGGUAUGAUGACGCCUCCGCCCAGCGAGAAGGCCACAGCCGGCGAGCGGGAGUAUCUCAAUUCGCCCGAGGAGAUCUUGUACAUGCAGGUCUUCGUGGAGGAGGUCGGCGUUUGGAUGGACUCUCUCGACAAGGAGAAACACUUUUCCCGGCUCAUUCCCUAUCACUCUCUGAAGUCGCCCAUGCUCCUCAACGCGUUCCUCGCCUGCGGUGUCAAGCACCUGACGCUCGUUAACCCGGCGUACCAAGACGACAAAGCGCUCUUUUACUACGACACAGCUACAACACAACUCCUCCGCAGCCUGCAGAACCCGGACCGCAACACAGGCGAGUGCGCGACAACAGCCGUCGUUCUCAACGUGUACGAAAUCAUGUCGGAGAAGCCCGCGCAACGCAUGAACCACAUCGCCGGCGCGCGCGCCCUUAUCCGUGAGUGCAAAUGGAACGCCAAGUCGUCCGGUAUCGGCGCCGCGUGCUUCUGGCUCAACAUCGGCAUGGAGGUGCUCUCCUGCCUCGCCUUCAAUUGGCAGACAUCUUGGGACCCGGAUCAGUGGGGGCUGGAUAUGGAUCUCACGGCCGACGGCUGCUCGUCCGCGUCCUCAGAUGGGUUUGGGUCGGAGGAGCUGUGGGUUCACCGCAUCCUGUACAUCGUAGCCAAGAUCGCCAACUUCCGCGCCACCAUCCCGAGAUUUCAGGAACCGAGCCCUCACGACGAGCAGAUCCGUCUUGGUAACCGCCUUGCACAGUGGCAGGAACUGAAGAGACUCUGCGACAAGUGGAACAACGCGUGCCCGCGGACAAUGCAUCCGUUCGGCUACCUCUACCCGUCGCAGACCAACUCCAAGUCGGCCUUCCCUAAUGUUUGGCUCAUCAAGCGCGCCGCCAUUAUUGGUCGCCUCUUCUACCACACAGCCCAGUGCCUCCUCGCGCAGACAAACCCAAUGGAGCCGGGCAAGGCGUCAGAGGAGAUGCGUGCGCUGCAGCUUCACCACGCUCACCAGGUCUGCGGCAUUGUCGCGCAUACAAAGGACCGCGGCGUUGCCUCAGUCGCCAUCCGCUCCCUCGCCAUUGCCUCAGCUGUGCUCACCGACCCGCGCGAGCAGGAAGAGGUCCUCGAGAUCCUCGAUAAGAUUCAUGCCGAGAGCGGCUGGAGGCUCGGAAAGAUUCAUAGUGAGCUCAAGAGGACAUGGGGCUGGCCCGCGGCUGGCCCUGCUUCCGUCGUCCCUGUCGGAGAUGCUAGGGGAUCGAGCAAGUUCUUUCCUGCAUCAGGGCCACCGGGCAACCCACCUGCGAUGGCGACGGCGACGGCGAUGUCGCAACCUGCGGGUACGAGCAGCGUCUCUUCGGCCCCGAUGAAAGCCCUCGUCAACCCUCUCGCGUAUGCCGACUUUUCGCUGCCGAAUCACCCCUACCAGAACUGGUACGAGCCGCCAAACCGGUCAAACUCGUAUAGCUCUCAGAGCUUUCUUUAA